GUUUAUGGUUUCGAAAUGAACGAUGAUGCAGCUUUCAUUCCUUCAAACACACGAAUGCAAUGAAUACUCAUACAUUAUAACGAUAUGAGGUGGACGGUUGUUUGUAGAGAUGGUCCACGUCGUGUCAACCAUGCUGCAGUAGCCGUAAAUGAUCGGUAUGUCUUCACUUUCGGAGGCUUUUGCUCUGGCGAAGACUACACAAGGAUCUUAAAAAUGGAUGUUCACAUGUUCGAUUUGCAUAAGCUAAAAUGGAUGAAGGUGUCGAAUGUAGAAAGCGACGAUUAUGAUUCUACGCCGUUCAUGAGAUACGGUCACACAGCUUCAAUUGUUGGUCGUAAAAUAUAUAUCUUUGGUGGACGAAACGAAGUGUACGGGGCAUGUAAUCGAGUGUUUACAUUUGGCAUAAAUACAUUCAAAUGGUCCAUACCAAAUGUCUAUGGUACCAUUCCACCUCCUCAUGAUGGCCAUUCAGCUUGUGUCAUUGCUUGCAACAUUUAUAUAUUUGGUGGUUACACUGAUUGGUUGCAACGCUAUUCAAAAGAUAUUUACAUUUUCAACACAGAAAAACUGACCUGGACACAUCCGCAAGUAUAUGGUGAAGCACCGAGCUGGCGAGACUUUCACACAGCAACAGCUAUGGGAAAAUAUAUGUACAUAUUUGGUGGAAGAGGUGACAUGAUGGGUGAAAUACAUUCCAAUCAAGACGUUUAUGAUAAUAAAAUAGUAGCUUUUGACACAGACAAAUACACUUGGCAACACAUCAAAACAAGCGGAAGCAUCCCUUUGGGUCGACGCAGUCAUUCAGCAGUUGCACGUGGAAAUUGUAUUUAUAUGUUUGGUGGCUAUAAUGGAUCUUUAAGGAAGCAUUUUAAUGAUAUAAUAAAAUUUAAUACAGAUACAAAAGAAUGGAAUUCCUUCGUCGUUUCCGGUGAACAUCCGUGUCCACGACGUCGACAUACUUGUUGUAUCUUACAGGAUAAGGUUAUUAUAUAUGGUGGAUCAAGCCCUGUGCAUUUUGAUGAAUAUGAAGGAGAACGGCAUUUGCAAGACCAUAACGAUUUGUUUGUUCUUGAUUUCAAUCCUUCUCUGAAAACACUGUGCCAGCUCGCGUUAUUAAAGAAUCGUCUAGACUACAAUCUUCUUCCGCCGUUACUGCGUAAAGAGUUAGCUCUCAUGUCCACGAAGACAUCACAGCAAGAACAUCAUACACUUGCACAGGGUUAAUCUGGCCAACACCUUUUCGCGCUUUUUGUUCACUAGAAGGCGCUGAAAGCACUUAUUGUUUUCUAGGUCUGGAUAGCUUUCCCGAUGAUUUUUAAACGAAAUUAAGAAUAUUUUAUUUUAAGUCUGAAAACUUUUUCGAACUCUGGCCAAGUGAUCUAGUAAUAUUUUUAACUGUCAGCAUGUAGAGAAGAUUCUUACAAUCCAAAUAUAUAAUUUGUAUGGUUUA